AUGACGACCAGACUGAAUGUGGCAACUUUCCUGUCUCUGGGGAAAUCCGCGAAGGGAAACCUCGGAUUGGUCUGGCCGGUCGUUUGGAUCUUCAUCCACUCCUGGACCAUUGGAAACAUGAAUACUUCUGAAACGGCGCGCGUUUAUUUCCUUUUCCCGAACCCGCCGGCUGCUAACCCACGUUCUGCAAACAUUCCUCACAAGGAUGGAAGUGACAUUGAUAACCACCCUGUCGAUAGUAUUAUAGGGGGUGGAUUUGGUUCUCCUCCACUCAACAUGAAGAAGCAGUUGAAUUUCCACGAAUCUCGCCAAGGGGAAACCCGAGGUGCUGGGCCAGUCACAAGCGAGCAGGAGGCGAGAGGGGAUUCAGGGAAUCAAUCAAUCGAUUCCAUUCAGGGAGGCCCAGCAGCGGCGCGGCGGGGCACCAGCAGAAGCAGAAGCAGAAGGGGAAGAAGAUGGAAACAUGCCAAGCCUGCCUGUCGCUGCAUCCCAGGGAUCGGCCGCGUAGGCCUGCGUUUCGCCGGUCGAUCGUUGAGCUUCUGGAUUCUCUGGAUUGGAUCUUGUCCUCAUAGGCUCAGCUGUCGAACCGUGCCCGGACUCUCACUCAUUGGUUGUAGCCACAGUUGA